CUGUUAUGCUAUCCACUAAACACAAUUUACAUUCGUUCGUUCGUUUGUUGUUGUUCUUUCACUUCCUGUUUCUUGUUCCUAACACACUCUGUCUCAAAAUUUCAUUGAAAAUGGUUGCUUUGAUUUCUCAAGAGAAUGCUAUUGCAUUGGUUUCUCGUACCGGUAGGGAGUUGCAGCGUUAUAGAGAAGGUCGUCGCCAAGUUGUGGGAUGCAUACCCUACAGAUUUAAGGUUGGGGAGAAAGCUUCUCUUAAUGAUUCUGGUGAAUUGGAAGUCCUGGUUAUUAGUUCUCAGAAAGGCAAAGGGUUGCUAUUUCCAAAGGGAGGCUGGGAAUUAGACGAAUCACAAAAAGAGGCAGCUUUAAGAGAGACCCUGGAGGAAGCAGGGGUUCGAGGCAUUGUUGGGGGUAGAUUGGGUAAAUGGAGCUUCAAGAGCAAGACCCAUGAUGCUUUAUAUGAAGGAUACAUGUUCCCACUACUUGUUCAAGAGCAAUUGGAGUUCUGGCCAGAGCAGAACCUUCGUCAAAGAAUAUGGAUGAGCGUCACUGAGGCAAGGGAAGUUUGUCAACACUGGUGGAUGAAAGAAGCACUAGACAGGCUUGUAAAUCGCCUCACUGGUCAGAAACUCGGUCUCGAGAAGCAAAUUCAUCUGUGUCCCAAGAACUGCAUGGGAGACGCCAAAUCUGACUUUAAGUGCAUGUUUGGAAAUCCCUCUACAGUUGAGUUUGAAUCAUAAAUCAAUUUUGGUGUGAGGUAAUUGAUUCUGGGAAACAGAAGCUGAUCCAAACAUGUGAUAAAUAGGGUAACUUCAUGAAGGGUAGAGCUCAAUUUUUCUGAGUUUCUCGGGCGGCAUGAAUUUGAAGAGAAGAGUAGGAUCUAAGGAAUUGAGCCAGAUGUUAGUAUAAUAUAAAUAAUAGAUGGUAGAUCACAUAGAAGUUUGCAAUUCCCCAGAUUUUUUUUUCCUGAGAGAAGGAAUUUUAUCUGCUUGUGCGAGUCUAGAUGAAAUGUAUUUGUGGGAAUUCACUUUUAUCGGUAUUGCUGGGAUAUCUGGAAAUCCAUUAGAUAACAAA